AUGCCUCGAAAGGUCAGAGCGGCCGCCCAGGCUGCAGCCAAAUCAAUGAAAAAUGUGCCAGUAAUUCCCGAUGGCUCUGACGAUGAAAUGCUUGAUCUGCCACCGUCCGACCCAUCAUCUCCCGCGGUAGAAGAAGAUCAAGAUUCCCCGGAUGAAGAUCUAGAUGUCGAACCCGAAGCCGACGUUGAGGCUGAAGCUGAAGGGGAAAGCGCCGCGGACCCUGAUGCGCAGGCCGAGACCCCUGCCGAAUCGAAACAAGAGGAAGACACCAAGGCUGCGGCACCCGCUGUAGAUGCAAGUGCGGUUCUCGAGGGCGACAGCCCCGCCCUAGGCCGCCCAGCAAUCCCCCGCAAACGACGGAUUGGCCGUCCCCCCAAGAAUCCCCGGCCUGAAGAUCUCGACCUAGACGGCGCUCAGUCCCCAUUACGUGUUACAACUCCUGUUAAACGACGCCGUGGUCGCCCGGCUGCCAGUGGUGGACGCUGGGCGCGCAACCGUGGACCCAACCAUCUCACCCAAAUCCCAAUUGACAAGGAAGGGAACAUGAUGGAUGUGAUUGGGGAUGAAGUAUCUCUCCCUCCGAACCCUAUCGGCGACGCCAAAGUGGACCCAGAUGGCCACCUUCUCGAAGGACGGGAAUACCGUGUGCGUACAUUUACGAUUCUCAACCGCGACAACAAACUGUACAUGCUUUCAACCGAACCUGCCCGAUGUAUUGGAUUCCGCGAUUCAUACCUGUUCUUCCAGAAGCAUAAGAUGCUCUACAAAAUCAUCAUCGACGACGACGCGAAACGGGAUCUAAUUGAGCGCGACAUAAUCCCACACUCUUACAAGGGUCGAGCGAUUGGUGUAGUCACUGCGCGCUCUGUCUUCCGUGAGUUUGGCGCAAAGAUCGUUGUGGGCGGCAAGAAAAUUACCGACGACUAUGAUGAGCAGGCUGCGCGGGAGCGGGGCGAUGUUGAAGAUGAGCUAGCCGUGCCAGAGGACAAACUCCCAGGUCCGGGUGAGCCAUAUAACCGCAACCAAUAUGUUGCCUGGCACGGAGCAAGCGCCGUCUAUCACACAGGAGCACCAUCCGUACCAAUGGCAGGUGGAAAGCCAGUCGAUCUCAAGAAACGACGUGUGCCAGUCACCGAUGAUAACUGGAUGGUCGAGCACGCGCGCGCCGCAAGCACCUUCAAUUCGAAACUAUUCGAGCACCGCCGAUCCACCAUGGGUGGCAUCUACGACAUCCACACCAACUCCAUGCAAUAUCCAGAGGUCAUGCAGCCAACACACUGCCGCGUCGAGCGCGUUCCACCACCAGACAACCGCAGCCUAAUGACCGACAUGUCAUCGCUUAGCAUCGCAAACCAAAACCCCGACACCAACCCAUCAACCCCCAACGAGCCAACCGACUCCACCAACGAACCCACCACCCAAGAUAAUAAGCCCGAGCAACAACAAGCCUCCGUCUUCCCACCCGUCCCUGCCCACAUAUCCAACCGCUACGUCGUGCAGGACAUCAUAUUCGAAUCCCCGCCCUACUCAAACAUGGGCGUCCCUGGACCGGACGGAGACCUGCGCAAUCUUCAACCAAACGGCCUAGUCAGCAUUGCAAACCCCGCCCAUCCGGAAUUCAUGUCCCCCGAAAUCAUUGCCCUCCUGCCCGACAAUUGCAAAGAGGCUCUUCUCGAAUCCGCCACGCGCGAGGUAGAGUGGAAGAUGAAAUGGACGACCGAAGCAACAGAUACCCAGCGCGCUGUGCCUUCUAAGAGCUAUGCAUGGUAUCCCUAG